UGCUCUUCCUCAUUAAAGAUGCAGCCACCUGCUUGCAGUUAUCCUCUGGAAAAGGACGAAGUCACACCCGAGGAAGAGAGGCACCUGAAGGCGGAACUGGAACAACCUCAGUGCGGUCGGGAGAACAGCAACUCUGACGGCGUCCCCUGGAAGCUUCCAGCAACCGGGCCUCUUAGUGGCGUGGAGAAGACGGAGCCAUCCUUCCCAGAGGUGCAGCGCCCAGACUGCGGGCCCUCUCCUCGACCCCCCCUAGAAAGCCUGUCCAAGAAGCACUGUCAGAACCAGGGGAAACUUCUCCACUUUGACCGGCUAGCCCCGGACCGCGUCUCCACCUCGCCCACACUGAGGAGGUUAAGAGGCCGCAGCUGCGAGAGUGUGCGCGGGCUGCGCACCGCACUGCGCAUGCGCCGCCUCAGCCGGCGGCCUUUAAAGGGCCCGCCUGGGGGCAGCUGCAAGGAGACUUCCGGCUCCUCGCAUUGCUUUUCCGGCGCGCUAUUUGGAAGCCCCGAGGAGUCUUCGCGCUCCCUGUGGCCCCUGAGACUCCACUCGAGAUUGCCUCCGGAACCCGAAAGGGCACUCAACGCAGCCGACUCGUUUGAGCUCCAAAUGGCGCCCAGUGAUGAGCUUGCCCUUCCCGUGCCUCAGCCCCUCAACGAGGGGUCGCUUCCUCAGGCCUCCCUUCCACGGAGUGGAGGCCAGCCAGCACCCAGCCGCGCCCCACAGCUCCCCAGGCGUCAGAGAGAAGAAUUGCAUCAGUCCAGAUUCUACGAGCACAGGAGGAGUUCUGUGGUGCUCAACUCAUCUGGACUUGAGGUGUUCCCCAGGGACCUUCUGGUGUCAGAUGGAGCUGCCAAUUACGUGUGCCACCCGCUUCUGCUGCUGAAUUCAGAAUCCAAAAAGCCAAGAUGGCCUUUCUCCAAGAGAGGAGUGGUGAGGGGCAAAGACAAACACAAGCACAUCUGCCUCUCCUCUUUGAAGGUUACAGACUUCAGGGACUAUGGGUUCCACAGACUGAAGGAUAAGACCUGGAAUGAAGUCGUGGAAACACAUCAAAAACUUCCUACUAAUCAAUUAGACUUGAGAAAGCAGCAAGAGGCUGUGUGGGAACUCUUCACGAGUGAAUGCACUUAUUUCUUGGACCAUUUAUUAGUUCUUAAGAUGAUCUUCAUGAAUACAUUAAAAUACCUACAGACUCAUGAAUAUCUCCUGGAUGUGGAUUUAUGGAGACUUUUUGCAAACCUGGAGGAGUUAAGUCAGACAAGCUUUGGUUUUGUGAACAGUCUUUUCCACAUCUUCAAGGACUAUGUCGACACUUCUGAGACUUUACCAUCGUUGGAUUUCAUUUCUGUGCUCACAAAGUAUUUCCAAGGAAGCCUGUGUCAGAGCCACCAGACCUACUGCCUGAAUUACUCAGCUGCUGUCUUUUAUCUUGAGAGUCUGAGGCAGAGAGGGGACUUCGGAAUUUAUUUAAAAUGGUGUGAGGACAAUGAACAGUGCAGACGCCUUCACCUACCUGAGCUUCUAGUGGCCCCACUACACAGGCUGACUCAAUACCCCUUGUUGCUGAAGAGCAUCUGGAAAAGGAGUACAGACUCUACGGAGAAAAUCAUGAUCUACUCCAUCAAGGAAAAAGUGACCCAGAGCUCCAGGGAUCUUGAAGGAAAAGUGAAGUAGCUUGGCAAUUUUCAAAAAUGCAGACAUCUACAGGAGAUUAUAGUGUGGCCUCCACUUUGGGAUAGAGAUAAAAGGUUUUUCAUUCCAGAGUGCCUGAAACACGUUUUUAAAGAACACAUGGCAGAAAACAUCCUGUCAGCAACCAACAGACACCUUCUCUAUGAAGGAAAAUUAACUCUUGCAGAAAGCACAAGAUUCCUAGGUGUUUAUCUGUUUCUCUUUGAUGAUUUCCUCUUAGUUAUGAAAACUAAGCGCAACAAAAAGAAACUUGGAGGCUCAGACCCGGGUUUAAUGUGCCCUUCACUUAUUCCUGAGCUACAAACAGUAAUCAAAGAAGGUGGUUCAUGUAUGGUACUCGAUCAGCCCAUUCCACUAGACAGAUUGGUUGUCAGAGGUCUCGAUCCACUCCACAUGUCAGUCUUUGGGCUGAGAAACUCUUUCCUCAUACAACAUGAAAACAGCUAUCAACAGUGUAUAGCAGCAUUCUUAUUACAAGCCCAAACAGAAAACAUCAAGAAAACAUGGAUUGCACAAUUAACAGCAGCAAUCUCUUGCUUCACCAAGAGUCAGGAAACCAAGAUGAUGUCCAUAUUCACUUUGCCUGCAGAAUCCUCGGAAAUUUAAGGACCCAAAACAAGUGGCACACCUUUUUACACGUUGGGGAUUAAGGUAUUCUUUCAUUCAAACUUGUAACACUUACCUAGUGAUGAGCUAAAAGAAAAUGUGCAUUUUAAAGAAGUUCCAGAAUUUAAGCUAGGAAAUUCCUCAGCGUAGAGUAAUAAUGGCUGCAACAAAUUUGAACCAGAAGGAAUUUCUUGGUAAGUGUAUACAUGCUGAUAUCCAGACUACGUUAUAAUGCUUCAGUCAGGCUUGCAAGAGGGGUGAGGGAAGUAUGAUGCUAUUAUAAUUCGUAAAAGGCGAAUGAUCAGGUAAAUGCAGUAUCAGGAGGAAAACAAUGCCCACUGCUUGCAUCUGAUAUGAAUUCUAGCAUCUUACUUUGUGUGUAUCUGUAAUGAAACCAAGUUUCCUACAUGACUUAUAAAUCAGCCUUACUGCUCUACAGUCCUACCUCAUACAAAGCUUGAUUGCUCUUUUAACAUACUAAGCAAUGAAUAAUAAGGUCUCCAUCUUAGUAGCAGUUUUUAAAUUCCUAGUCUCCAACAGUUUAUUUAUCUCAGGUAUACUUUAUAUAACUCUUAACAUGGAAGGAGAAAAUCCCAAAGACUAAAUUCCAUUGUUUUAAGAAAGAAAAAGCAAAUAUCUGUUCCAGUUUCACCAGUUAACAGUUUUACUUGGGAAAUUUCAUAGAAAUAGUAGGAUAUCUUUCUCUAAAUCUCACUUUUUGAAGAACAGUGGAGUUUGUCAUAAAACUUCUUUCUGGUUUUGAGUGUGUGUAUGUGUGUGUGAGAGAGAGAGAGAGAGAGAGAGAGAGAGGGGCACAGUACAGUUACUUCGUCUUAUUUGGCAGGACUUGAAACAUCAUUAGAAUUUCUUAAGAAAGAGAGCUUGAACUAUUAUCAUGGUGGAAUAUACUAUUAACUACAUGUAAGGAACUAGUUCUUAUAGUCAGAUUAUAUCAAAAGGAAAUCCACAGAUUUCAAUUUCAGACAUGGUACCUUUUUCAGUUUCCAAAAUGGAAGUAGUAAAUUUAUCAACUUGGACUGCAAGACAAAUUAUACCUUAACUGAUCUCCUUAAGCUGGAGAAUGGGAUAGAAAGGAUGAUGCUUGGGGAAGUCACAUGCACAGUUAAUUCUUUGAGAAAAAUGUGAUUUCACCAUGUAAACCAGGCAGUAUAGACAAGUGCAGCAUAACAGUUAUUUUCAAGGGCCAAGCACCAUUAGAAUGGAGGGUCACAGCCCAUGUAUAAUAAUGUCAUAUUUAUUAGGAGUAAGUGAAAAUGAAAGGAAAAUCAGGAAGGCAGUAACUAUGGUUAAUGCCUAAGAAUAAAUGAGAAAAAAAAGGCAAAGUACAGGAGAACAAAUUUCAAGUGAGUUCUUAGAGAUGAAAAAUAUGUACUUUUUUAGAAAAAAGUUAACAAUUUCUUGCAAGGAUUUCUAGAUAUCAGCCAACUUAGGAAAAGGGCAAUGGACUAGGUGAUCUCCCAAGAUUCCUUUUAGUCUGAGUCCAGUAAACAUAUAUUUGUUUAUAUGUAUAAAACUAUUUUCUCCCUUAAAUCUCAUUAAAGGAAGAAAAAGACUGACUAAAUUAACAUGUAAAUUUAAUUAGUUAAGAUGUAAAACAGCUUUUACAAAGAAAUAUUAGCACUUCUGUGUUCACUGCAGCACUAGUCACAAUAGCCAAGAUAUGGAAAAAACCUUAAUGUUCACCAACAGAUGAGUGGAUAAAGAAACUCUGGUACGUACAUACAAUGGAAUUCUAUUCAGCCUUGAAAAAGAAGGAACUUCUGCAAUAUGAAACAACAUAGAUGAACCUUGAGGACAUUAUGCUAAGGGAAAUAAGUCAGUCACAGAAAGACAAAUACUGCAUGAUUCCACUUAUAUGAGAUUUCUAAAAUACUCAAAUUCAUAGAAUCAAAAAGAGUGGAAUGGUAGUUGCCAGAGGCUGGGGGUAGGGGGAAAUGGGGAGUUACUAAUCAAUGGGCAUAAAGUUUCAGUUAAGCAAAAUGAGUAAGCUCGGGAGAUCUGCUGUACUGUACACUUUUACAAGAGUUGUCAAGAGGGUAGAUCUCAUGUUAACUGUUCUUAGCACAAUAAGAUAAAACUUAAAAGAAUAUACUAUGUAUUUAAAGUGAAAUUCUAUAAAGCUCACAAAAGAGCAUAUCUAAUAUAUAAUAUAUUAAGUGCUUGAGGAUAUACAUGUUAUUGUCUUCAGAGGGAAACACAGAGUAAAAUGAAAAAUCCCUUCUGGAACUUUGGUUCCCAGGGGAAAAAAAAAAAUCAGUAAAAAGCAAUGGUACAUUGAGCCUUUAAAUGGUCACCUGGGUAUUAAAUGUACAAUGAAAGAAGAGAUUAAUAUUGUUUAAUAUUUUUUAGUUUUAUUAUUUUUCUCAAUAAUGAAUGAAAUGAAAAGGGGCUGUCUCGAGCAAAAUAGCAUUAGUAAUUUCUCUUGAAAUAUGAACUUAAUUACUAUUCUUAGUUGAACAUUAAAGCACACCCAUUGUGAGGUUGGGCUUGACAUAUAUAUAUACACUAUUAAUACUAUCUAUAAAAUAGAUAACUGAGAACCUACUGUAUAGCACAGGGAACUCUAUUCAGUGCUCUGUGGUGACCUAAAUGGGAAGAAAAUCCAAAAAGGGAUAUAUGUAUACGUAUAGCUGAUUCACUUUGCUGUACACUAGAAACUAACACAACAUUGUAAAGCAACUAUACUCCAAUAAAAAUUAAUUUAAAAUAAUAAAGCACACCCAUUGUCUAUAUCCAAGUGCAAAGUUCUAAAUCUGUAAAUAAAUUAAUGUAAAAUGGCUAAUUUUUUAAAUAGACAAAAUAAUUUAGUCACAGAAUAUACUAGAAAUUAUUUUUUAAUAUCUUUAGCAUAUUUUUUAAAAAAGCAACAAUUCAAUAAAGGAUUCUUCCAUUGUUCUUUAUACAGAUUCAAAUGUUAUAUAAUUUAUCAGUUACAUUUAUAAUCAAUAACCUUCCACUCACUGAGUUUAGAAACCACAGUAUUUACUGAGCUAAACUCUCUCACAAAUAAGGCACAACUACAUGAUCACAAGUAGUAAACAACACAAUGAAUCCAAAAACUAAACAAAAUAUUCAUGCAAAAGUAUCUACAGAAGUUAUGAAUAUAUGAUCCAGUUCAAGAAGUACAGAAUGUCAUAUACAUAACUGCAUCAUGUUACAGUAAAUUCACUACUUCUACAGGGAGAGGACCUAGCUAUUUCCAAUUCUGCUUUAUACAAUUUUACAUAAAUUUAGUAAGUUUAUGCACAGUAUUCACAUUUGCAACAAUAACUGAUCAUUAAAAUUCAGGCAAAGGGCAAUUAAGACAAUAAUGUGUGGUACAUUAUAUAAUUACAGAAUACCAUUCAUCAAGCUCUUGUCUAGGAAUACUAAAUUGAUGGCACGUUUAAAUUUUGUGGAUCAAAUCAUCCAUGGUUUCAUAGCCAAAGUGCAUUUAAAAAAAACUGCUGUAGUCAAAUAGGUCAUGAAUAUCAAAAUAUAUGAUCAUAAUUUGCUUUCCACUUAAAAGCUAAACAUCUUUAUGCAAAUGCAAGGUUAAAAAAAAGUGGCUUUAAAGUUCCCAAAACUAUAAAAUAAUCAUAAAGCCUCUUCAAGAGAGAUGGGGAACUAACAAAUUUGGCAGUUACUAUGUAACACUACUAUGAAGAAACUAUUAAACUAGCUAAUUCCACAUUAAGAGGUAGUUGAACAAAAUUACACACUGCAUUGAGGUUGUUGUGUUUGUUUCCCUCUUUUCUUCAAAAUAAACAAAUCCUAUACCAGCAGCUUUGUCUUCUUUCUACUAAAAAUUCUGUAGGUGUAGGUGUAGUUUAUUGUACACUAACCCAGCAAGACUUGAUUUUAACUCACGUUUCUGUGCUUGGGUUUAGAAUUUACUAACAGGUGAUGCCAAUAGGCUUUGCAUUAGAGCUGAGAGCUGGGACUCCAUACGUGCCAGCUCUAAAUCACUGACAAAUAGUACCAGCAGACAUCUAAAAUGUCGAACCAGUAAGCACUCAGAAGAUGACUUUUUAAUUAAAAGAAACAGAAAACCCUUUAAUUUUUGUUUCCAAAACACCUUAUUGGUGGGAUUAAUAGCAAAAUAUUGUUUCAUUUCUAAAUAUAAUAGCCUAAUUAUUUGGGGCCUAGGAAGUGAGAUUAGCUAGAUGAAGAGUAGAAAAUCACUCAAAUACAUAUGGUUAUAUUUGUUGUCCCCACAAUUUUUUAUGAAUAUGUGGGUGGGGGGACAAGACAGGGAUAGGCCUUCAGUGCACCCAACUGGGAGAUGAGUGAACAAAUAUUCUAAGCCAGAAGAAUUCCCGUGAAGUUUCAUAUCAUAAAAAAAUAAUAACAAUAGUGCUGUGAAUGUUUUUCCAACAUGCUUAUUAAUUUACUUAUAAGUAUAGAAUUAAGACUAUUUGAAAGAAUUUAUAUGAAAAUGCAUAAAUAAUUUUAGCUCAAUUUUUAUUAUCCAACUUAUUUUUAAUAAAGAUCCACUGUAUUUCUUCAUUCUAUACGCUCAAGGAUAUAUGUUUAUUUGAGUCCAGGGACUCAAUCAGGGUCCUUAGUAGCUACUGACAACAGAGUUUACUUAAAUGGGUUUUUUAAAUAAUUAAAUGAAUAUAUGGCAAUCUCUUUGUUUGUAUACAUUAUAGGAAGAGCAUAAACAUAAUUUCAGCAUGAUAUUUGAAAGCAAGUGUACAUUAUAAACUAUGUAUUAUAAAUGAAAUAUUAGCUCCCAUCCUUCCCUAUUACCAAAUGAUUGCACUGAAUGAAUAUAUAGCUUUACUUUCUUCAGAGUAAUAAACCAAUAUUAAUGAGUUCUCUCUUCAGAUGUUCUCCAAUUUUCCAAAUUAAUAAGACUGAUAAAGUUCAAUUCCAUUGUUCAGCAUCCAAAUAAGCUAAUUUUUAAUUACCCUCAAUUUGCCAGUCUGUUUCAGUUCUAGUUAUAAUUUGGGGAUUCCUAAAUACAUCUGUUUUUGGCGAUACUCUAUUAUCCAACUGUUAUUUCAAGGUAAUUUCAUAGCAUUAUUUUUGCAGAGUAAACAGAUACACAGUUGAUAUGGAACCCCAAAUUCAGAACCUUUUAAAAUUUAAGUCAAAUUUAAAACUUAAAAAAUUUCUUCCCUAUUAGGUAAGAAGAGAAUAUAAAGCAGAAAAUAUAAAGCAGAAUAUUUAAUGUCUCCUUACCAUUUUGUAUUUGUUUUCACAGAUAAGACUAUAGCAAUAUCAGUUACUAGCUUUAAGAUGCAAAAUCUAUAAAACAA